AUGCUUCGUCGCGGCGCUGCCACGGCGUUCUCCGGUUCACCUCCAUCGUCCGUCGCCUCGGACGCGCCCAGCGCAGCGGUUAGCACAGCCGCACAGUCCUUAUUACCACCAAUACAGCUCUACCGUCGUUUGUUUAGGGCGCAUCGCCAAGGGCUUAAUCCCGAGAUGCGCAGUUUGGGUGACAACUAUGUCAAAGACGAGUUCAGGCGCCAUCGGGCGAUCGACAACCCGCUCCAGAUCGUCGGCUUCUUGAGUUCCUGGAAGAUGUAUUUGGACACGCUAGAGCUUGAAGCAAUUGAUAGUUCAGGUGGAGUUGGAAGCAGUCCCUCGGUAGGAUCAGCUAAGCGGAAAUGCUUCGAAGGAAGACGGCUAGACCCAGACAUGAUGGAAAAGCUUUCGGAGGAGCAAUUGUACCAGCUGCAUGAGCUCAUGCAAGCUACUCAGGAAGUGUAUGACCCGAACAAAGCGCAAGCGAAGCCACCUGGCAAAAAAUAA